CAUUUAUCAUUACAAGACCUAACAUCCCAUGCUGAGACAUUCUGGAGACCAAUUCUCACUUCAGACCCCUACUCAAUAAGUGAAAUGCAACGUGAAGAACAGGAAAGGCAUUUAUCAUUACAGGAUAUAACGUCCCAUACUGGAAUAUUUCGAAGACCAAUUUUACCUAUAUUACCAGUCGUCUAUUCAGAAAAAGUGGUACAGAGUAGUCUAGUCAGUAAUGCAUUUCCUAACGCACAUUUAGCGAAUAUCGUUGGGAUAAUUCGAUCACUUCGAACUGGAGAUGAUAUGCGACAUACAUCAGGGCUAGAUUUCUUUGAUUCUAUUAGACACCUCUUUACUUCAGAAAGAUCUGUCCCCUUAUCGAAUCCAGAUACUCUUUGGCAACAUACUUAUGAAAAUUUACUUAUAUUUGGGCCACCUCUUCUUGAAUGGCGAAGUCAUACCGAUGAUGCAAUGGCUUUAGGGAAUUCAACUGAAACUGUUUUCAGAUCUAAUGCAUCUGGAGGGUAUUAUACUGCUCCCACUGGACCUAAAACUUUACGCACGUACAAAGAAA